GCGGUUGGCCAGGGCGGCCGCUGGUCACGUUGCGGGUCUUGAGUAUCGGGCAAUGUUGCUGCGGACCGUGACCGAAGGAGGCCGAGUGGGGGCCGCAGCGGCCCAUAUCUCGGCAAGUACCCGGCGGGGGGUGGAACAGGCCGAACGGGGUGGCCAUGGGCGCCCUGUCAACGGGCUGUGCGUCCCGGUGGGAGGGACACGCUGGCUCUCCAGCUGGGCCUGCUGCCAGAGGCUUCCUGGAGGCACCAGGGUUCUUCCCUGGCACCAUCCCCGGCCAGGAGCCUGGGAUGGUUGCAGAGACUUUGGGACAGACCACAUGAAGAUGGGCACCCAAGGUGGCACCAAGUAUCCCAAGGCUUCCCUGCCCAGCGGGGGCCGCUCAGAACUCCAGGGCCCUCUGCCACCUGAGCUCCAGCCCCCAACAAACUGCUGCAUGAGUGGAUGCCCCAACUGCGUGUGGGUGGAGUAUGCCAAGGCACUGCUGCAGCACUACCAGGAUGGUGGUGAGCGGGCCCUGGCCUCCCUGGAGGAGCACGUAGCCGAUGAGAACCUCAAGGCCUUCCUCAGGAUGGAGAUUCGGCUCCGGGCAAGACGGGAAGGCUAAGCAACAGGCAGGCACACUUUCACCCUGGACAGAGACUCCAGCCAAGCAGCAUCUGUUCCGGGAGCAUCAGCCUACUUCAUUCAUACCCAAUAUGAGUGUGUUGUGUCCAAUAGGAAUGGGAAAAAUUAUUUAUCAACUUUACC